AAGAUGUUUCGACGGCAGUUGUCUUUCCGCUUGGAGGAUACCGAUCACGAUGCAUAUGGCCUAAGAAUGAAUCGUCGUUAUUCGCGCGUUGAGUCCGGAGCGGACCUCAAGGACUACUUUGAUAGAGGCGAUAUUGCGUCCCGGGAAAACCGUUGGACUUUUGAGAUCGCAUGGGAAGUCGCUAAUAAAGUUGGAGGCAUUUACACUGUUAUACGAUCAAAAGCCUAUGUGUCGACUGAAGAAAUGGGGGAACAGUUGUGUCUCAUGGGUCCCUACAAGGAGCAGUGUGCCCGAACCGAAAUGGAAGAAAUUGAAUUUCCAAGAGGAAACCCCCUACUGGAUGCCGUAAAUAGUUUGCGCUCUCGAGGAUACAAAAUACACACCGGCCGUUGGCUCGUUGACGGCAACCCUCAGCUGAUUCUAUUCGACAUUGGUUCAGGGGCUUGGAAAUUGGACCAGUUUAAGUCGGAAUUGUGGGACAAGUGUCAUAUCGGAGUACCGCACCUUGAUGUUGAAAGCAAUGAUGCCAUCAUUUUGGGUUUCAUGAUAGCCGAGUAUUUGGAAGAGUUCCGAAGAUGCGCUUCGGAGUAUUCUCAAGCAAACGAUUUGCAGGUGCCUCGCAUCGUAGCUCAUUUCCAUGAAUGGCAAGCUGGUGUUGGUUUGAUCGCCCUGAGAACUCGGCACGUUGAGAUUGCAACAGUCUUCACUACGCAUGCCACUUUGCUAGGACGUUAUUUGUGUGCCGGUAACACCGAUUUUUAUAAUAACUUAGACAAGUUUGCUGUGGACGAGGAGGCGGGCAAACGACAAAUAUACCACCGAUACUGUUUGGAACGCGCUGCCACCCAUUUGUCGCAUGUUUUCACAACCGUUUCCGAGAUCACAGGAUACGAAGCGGAACAUUUACUCAAACGUAAACCCGACAUUAUAACGCCCAACGGCUUAAAUGUUAAGAAAUUCUCAGCUAUUCAUGAAUUCCAAAACUUGCAUGCCAUGGCUAAGGAAAAAAUAAACGAGUUUGUGCGAGGUCACUUUUAUGGGCACAUGGAUUUCGAUUUGGACAAAACUUUGUACUUCUUUAUUGCUGGUCGUUACGAGUUCGGAAAUAAAGGUGCUGAUAUAUUCAUCGAAUCGUUGGCUCGUCUGAAUGCAAUGCUAAAGCAGGAGAAGCCCGACACAACUGUUGUUGCGUUCCUGAUUUUCCCCACCAAGACAAAUAAUUUCAACGUUGAUUCCCUACGCGGUCAUGCAGUUGUCAAACAGUUGCGAGACACCAUUAAUGGAGUGCAACAAGGCAUUGGCAAACGACUGUUUGAUUCGUGUCUCAAGGGACACAUACCUGGCCCAGACGAGUUGCUCACAAAGGAUGACCUUGUGAAAAUUAAGAGGUGUAUGUACGCCCUGCAGAGAGAUUCUAUGCCCCCCGUUACGACUCACAAUAUUGUGGACGAUUGGAAUGAUCCUGUGCUUGGGGCUAUUAGACGCUGCCAACUUUUUAAUACUGUGCACGAUCGCGUGAAAAUGGUAUUUCAUCCGGAGUUUUUGACUUCAACAAAUCCCCUGUUUGGAAUCGAUUACGAAGAAUUUGUUCGUGGCUGUCAUUUGGGUGUAUUUCCAUCAUACUACGAACCAUGGGGUUAUACUCCUGCUGAGUGUACCGUUAUGGGCAUACCAAGCAUUACGACAAAUCUUUCCGGUUUCGGAUGUUUCAUGGAAGAGCAUAUCAGUGAUCCGAAGUCGUAUGGUAUUUAUAUUGUAGAUCGUAGAUAUAUCGGCUUGGAGAACACCAUCCAGCAAUUGGCGAGCUAUAUGAUGGACUUUUCCAGACUUAAUAGAAGGCAGAGAAUUAUACAACGUAAUCGCACGGAGCGCUUGAGUGAUUUGCUUGACUGGAGGACUCUUGGCAUUUAUUACAGGCAAUCACGUGUAAAAGCCUUGCAAGCCGUGUAUCCUGACUAUGUGGAUGAAAGCUCGCUAUACAGUUCCCGAAGCAAUUUGAAUUUCUCAAGGCCUUUCAGUGAACCGCCAAGCCCUUCAUCGUCAAGUAAGUAUUUAUGUGUAUGCACUACCGAUAUAAUAAUUCUGACAUCACCAACUUUUUUAGGACACACAACGCCUGCACCAUCGGUUCAUGGCUCCGACGAAGAGGAUUCUGUAGAUGAAGAAACUGAACUUAAGGAAUUGGGCAUCAAGUAG